UUAAUUGUAGUUGCCCCAAUAGCAGAAAUCCUUAGAAAUGCCGGCCAAAAAUUGUGGGUGCCGCAAGAAGAAGGAAGUCCGCGUACAUGUCAUCUAUACGGGUGGGACAAUCGGGAUGAUGCGGAAUUCAUCGGGAGUGCUGGCCCCUGCCCGCAAGGAAUUGACGGCACGGUUGCGCGAAUAUCCCAACUGUCAUGAUAAACAAUAUAAGUCCGUCCAGCCAGAGAAUUCGUCGCUUAUGGUGCUGCCCAUGGUGGAGGGUGCACCUUGUCGUAUCCUGUAUGAUCUGGUGGAGUACUGUCCCUUGUUGGAUUCCAGUUGCAUGGGCUUUGACGAGUGGAAGCAAAUAGCCAAGGACGUGUUUAAUGCUUACAAGUCCUAUGACGGCUUUGUCAUACUUCAUGGCACGGAUACGUUGGCAUACACGGCCUCUGCUCUAGCUUUCAUGUUGGAGAAUCUCAACAAACCCGUUGUGUUGACGGGGGCACAAAUCCCCAUUUUCGAGACCCGCACCGAUGGCCGGGACAAUUUUCUGGGAUCUCUGCUCUUGGCGGGCCAAUAUAACAUUCCGGAAGUCCUUGUUUUCUUUGGCAAUAAGAUCCUGCGGGGCUGUCGCACCUCCAAGAUCAACGCCGACUCCUUCCAUGCCUUCGACUCGCCAAAUCAGCCACCACUGGGCCAGUCGGGCAUUAAAUUUGAGAUCAACAACCGCCAAAUAUUCCGUCCCUGCAACAUCGGGGAGUUUUCGGUGCACUGCUGCUUGGAGAGGAAUGUGGGCAUAUUGCGCAUGUAUCCAGGCAUAACUACCGCCGUGAUGUGUGCCUUCCUCAGGGAGCCCAUGAAGGGUGUGGUCCUGCAGAGUUUCGGGGCCGGCAACAUCCCAGCGAAUCGUGAGGAAAUCCUAGACGUUCUGCGCGAGGCGGUCGGCAGGGGUGUCCUAGUGGUCAAUAUUACGCAGUGUUCCGUCGGAAUCGUUGCCCCCAUUUACGAGUCCGGCAGUGUUCUCACGGAAAUAGGUGUGAUUCCUGGCUAUGAUAUGACUCCAGAGGCAGCUCUCACCAAGUUGGCCUACGUGCUGGGCAAGUGCGAAUGGGAUCUGGCGAACAAGAAGAAGGUGAUGCACCUGAGCCUCCGCGGGGAGCUGACCACCAAUAAGCUGGCCAAAAUCAACGAUAUCGACCUGAUUGAGGGCGUGGCACGCACUCUGCACAUGUCCUCCUCGGUCGAGCGGGAACAGAUGUGCUCGAUCUUCUAUCCCGCACUGGUGUCCGCUGCCGUCAUGAGCGGCGAUGUGGAAAAGCUGGGGGAUCUCAAGCAGUAUGGGGCUGAUCUGUGUGACGAAAACUGUGACGGUCGCACCGCCCUGCACCUGGCCUGCUAUCUGGGCAAGCUGAACUGCGUGAGCUUUUUGCUGUCCGUUGGCUGUGCGGUGAAUGUCCACGAUCGGUUUAACCGCACGCCGCUGCACGAGGCCGUCGACACGGACAAUCAUGACGUGAUAAAGGCUCUGCUCUGCCAAGGGGCUGUCCUCAGCGACCCUCCGGAGGUGCAGGCGGAACUGCUGCGCGCCCUGACGGAGCGCGGCAAGAUCAAACGCAUGGAGUCCUAUCGGCUGGCCGGCGCCGAUUUAACCCUGGCGGAUCGCACGGGACGCACGGCUAUGCAUUAUGCCUGCCAGUUGGGCAACCACGAAGUGGUCGACUAUCUCCUGCCCUUCUACAAGAAUCCCUAUGUGAAGGACGAGCUGGGCAUGACGCCUAUAGAUUACGCCAAGGCCGCCCAUCAUGACCACAUCGUGACGUUGCUGCGCUUCAGGGAGAACAACUACAAGAAGGAUCCAUGUGGCUGUAUAAAUUAGAAAGAUCAAUUAAAAUGAUUCCAUACUCGUUUU